GAUACGUAUAGAAGUGGCUUAUGAUAUUUUAAAUGCGAAAUAGUAUUAUAAUUAGUACAAAGUUUAGAUAUUACUUGUUUAAUUAAAAUAUAGACAAUUUAUGUUCAUUGAUUUAUUCAUAACAACUUUCCUUGCUCAUGUAAUAAAAAAGUUUGCGAACUGACGGCAAAGUAGAAAUUCCACCAUGGAGGACGCUCACUCGAAAUCCGUGGACGAAGUCUUAGGAUUUUUCGGCACAGACCCAGACAAAGGCCUUACCCCUGAUCAGAUCAAAAGGAACCAGGAAAAAUAUGGUCCAAAUGAACUGCCCGCGGAAGAAGGUAAAAGUAUAUGGCAGUUAGUUUUGGAACAAUUCGACGAUCUGUUAGUCAAGAUUUUGCUGUUAGCCGCUAUUAUUUCUUUUGUAUUAGCUUUAUUUGAAGAACACGAAGAUGCCUUCUCAGCAUUCGUAGAACCUUUUGUUAUUUUACUAAUUCUUAUUGCUAACGCUGUAGUAGGAGUAUGGCAGGAAAGAAAUGCAGAAUCCGCCAUCGAAGCUUUAAAAGAAUACGAACCCGAAAUGGGUAAGGUCGUAAGAGGAGACAAAUCCGGCGUGCAAAAAAUUCGGGCGAAAGAAAUUGUACCUGGUGACAUCGUAGAGGUGUCUGUAGGUGACAAAAUUCCCGCCGAUAUCCGCCUUAUUAAGAUUUAUUCCACCACAAUCCGUAUUGACCAGUCUAUCUUGACUGGUGAAUCCGUGUCGGUUAUCAAGCAUACCGAUGCCAUCCCCGACCCUCGCGCUGUGAACCAAGACAAAAAGAACAUUCUCUUCUCCGGUACCAAUGUUGCUGCUGGCAAGGCCCGUGGUAUCGUCAUCGGUACUGGUCUGAACACUGCCAUUGGUAAAAUCCGUACUGAAAUGUCCGAAACUGAAGAAAUUAAGACACCUCUUCAACAGAAAUUGGACGAGUUCGGUGAACAAUUGUCUAAGGUUAUCUCCGUCAUCUGUGUCGCCGUAUGGGCUAUUAACAUUGGUCACUUCAACGAUCCUGCUCACGGUGGAAGCUGGAUCAAGGGUGCCGUCUACUACUUCAAAAUUGCUGUGGCUUUAGCCGUCGCUGCCAUUCCAGAAGGUUUACCCGCUGUAAUUACCACCUGUCUUGCCCUCGGUACGAGGAGAAUGGCGAAGAAGAACGCUAUUGUCAGGUCUUUGCCUUCCGUCGAAACUUUGGGUUGCACAUCUGUCAUCUGCUCAGACAAAACCGGUACAUUGACCACCAAUCAAAUGUCCGUUUCGCGCAUGUUCAUCUUCGAAAAGAUUGAAGCCGGAGACAGCAGCUUCCUUGAAUUCGAAAUCACUGGCUCAACUUACGAACCUAUUGGUGACGUCUACCUGAAGGGACAAAAAGUCAAGGCUUCUGAAUUCGACUCUCUCCAUGAAUUGGCUACUAUUUGCGUUAUGUGCAAUGACUCAGCUAUCGACUUCAACGAGUUCAAACAGGCUUUCGAGAAGGUCGGUGAAGCUACCGAAACCGCUCUUAUCGUGCUCGCCGAGAAGAUGAAUCCCUUCAACGUCUCCAAGACUGGUCUCGACCGCCGCUCAUCUGCUAUCGUCGUUCGUCAAGAAAUCGAAACCAAGUGGAAGAAAGAAUUCACCCUUGAGUUCUCCCGUGACAGGAAAUCUAUGUCUACCUACUGCACACCUCUUAAGCCAUCCCGCCUCGGAACUGGACCCAAAUUGUUCGUCAAGGGUGCGCCUGAAGGUGUAUUGGACCGUUGUACCCACGCCCGUGUCGGAACCAGCAAAGUCGCCCUCAACUCCACCCUCAAGAACCGCAUCUUGGAUCUCACCCGCCAAUAUGGUACCGGCCGUGAUACUCUGCGUUGCUUAGCUUUGGCUACCGCUGACAACCCACUGAAGCCUGAAGAAAUGGACCUCGGAGACUCUACCAAAUUCUUCACUUAUGAAGUCAACCUUACUUUCGUCGGUGUCGUGGGCAUGUUGGACCCUCCCCGUAAAGAAGUCUUCGACUCGAUCGUCCGUUGCCGCGCUGCUGGUAUCCGCGUCAUUGUAAUCACUGGUGACAACAAAUCCACCGCUGAAGCUAUCUGCAGGCGUAUUGGUGUAUUCACUGAAGAUGAGGACACAACUGGCAAAUCUUUCUCUGGUCGUGAAUUCGACGACUUGUCCGUCAACGAGCAACGCGCCGCCUGCGCUAAGGCCCGUCUCUUCUCUCGCGUGGAGCCCGCUCACAAAUCCAAGAUCGUUGAAUACUUGCAGAGCAUGAAUGAAAUCUCCGCUAUGACUGGUGACGGUGUGAACGACGCCCCCGCCCUGAAGAAGGCCGAGAUCGGUAUCGCCAUGGGCUCCGGUACCGCCGUGGCCAAGUCCGCCGCUGAGAUGGUGCUCGCUGACGACAACUUCUCAUCCAUUGUCGCUGCCGUUGAGGAAGGUCGUGCCAUCUACAACAACAUGAAGCAGUUCAUCCGUUACCUGAUCUCUUCCAACAUUGGUGAAGUCGUGUCCAUCUUCUUGACCGCUGCUCUUGGUCUGCCCGAAGCCCUGAUCCCCGUACAACUGCUGUGGGUCAACCUGGUCACUGACGGUCUACCCGCCACCGCUCUCGGUUUCAACCCGCCCGACUUGGACAUCAUGGACAAACCACCCCGCAAGGCUGAUGAGGGUCUCAUCUCUGGAUGGCUGUUCUUCAGAUACAUGGCUAUCGGUGGCUACGUCGGUAUGGCCACAGUGGGCGCCGCCUCCUGGUGGUUCAUGUACUCUCCCUACGGACCCCAGAUGACCUACUGGCAGCUCACCCACCACUUGCAGUGCCUCGGCGGCGGUGAUGACUUCAAGGGCAUCGACUGCAAGAUCUUCACGGACCCCCACCCCAUGACCAUGGCCCUCUCCGUACUCGUCACCAUUGAGAUGUUGAACGCGAUGAACAGUCUGUCAGAGAACCAGUCGCUGGUGACGAUGCCACCGUGGUCCAACAUGUGGCUCGUCGGCUCCAUGGCCCUCUCCUUCACACUGCACUUUGUCAUCCUGUACGUCGAGGUGCUCUCGGCCGUGUUCCAAGUGACGCCGCUGUCGGUGGACGAGUGGAUGACGGUGAUGAAGUUCUCAGUGCCCGUGGUGCUGCUGGACGAGGUGCUCAAGUUCGUCGCGCGCAAGAUCUCCGACGGUGAGAGACGACAUUCCCUGGCCCACUGGCUCGACGGCAUGCAGUGGAUUGUGCUCAUGUGGGCCGUGUUCUUUGGCAUCAUCAUCUACGGACCGAUAUAAGCGAGCCGAUACCCCGUUUGAUUCACAACCUAAUACCCCCCCGCCGAAUUCUGCGCCACCCACGCUAGCACGCUUUCCCUGACCUUCUUUGACAGACUAUUGGACGUUUUGUGUGGGGUACGGGGAUUCGUUUUAUGAAAUGUUGAACAUUAUAUUUGUUUUAACAUUUAAUAACGCGAAAUGAGCAUACUUUCUUUUAUACUUCUUUAAUACUUGGGUUAAAAAAUAAUACUUAAUUUAAUAUCAGAUAGAUCUGUCAAACAAUGGUACUUAAAGUAUAUAAUAUGUAAUCAUAGCACACAGCGGUGGGUGGCGCAACGAAUUCCACUGUGGAAACCCAUGGACAUUGAGCUGUAGCUCACCACAGUACAUCUAACCGUUUGGAAUGCUAAUCCACGAGGUGUGAAGUGACCCCUGUGUGUGCCGUGAGACUGUGAAGGAACAAAGUGUUCGGUCAGCUGACAUGUUGGACUGCGUCCGGAAUGUUCUACUUAACUCUAGUAGUGUCCUUAGCAGUAGGUGUGCGAGCGGACGCCGAGACCGCUCGUGUGAUUGCAUUUCUCAUGUGCGAGACAAUAAAUAUACAACGGAGCCUCAUUGAGUUGUUUGCGAUAAUAAUUUUAUAAGUCGAGUGGCUGUGAACAUCAACCUAAAUUCAGAACACCAAAAUUUUUAAUGAUUUUACACGUAAAUUUAUAACGAUUGUAAGUUUAUAAUUUUAUAGUGAUUUAGUGAGGAUUAGUUUCUAAUGAGCUCCGUUUUUACAAAUUUUAUAGUUAACUCGCACACGGCUCAGUACCUUGUCCUUUUGGACUGCAGACAUUUUACCUUACUGUUACUAGUAAUGUGCAUCUUUAGCAUAGGAUAUUUAUUGUAAGUUAGGCUCGUCGCUAUCAUUUGUGGACAACUUAUUCUCAAUAUAUAGAGAAACUGUUUCUUCAGUCCUCUCACCUGUUGCUUGCUAACAAAUCUGAUGCAUCUGCCACCCUCAUGUUUGUGAUUAGCAUCGUGCAUCUUGUAUGCAAUGUGUUAACUAACAUUUUAGCAGACAUCUUUUGUACCGAAUUUAUAGUCAACGAUUUAAUAGAUUAUUUUCUAGUUAACUAUAUUGUGGAGUAAAAUAUAUCCAGAUUUCUACAUGAUAUCCUGUGAAGCAAUAUAUGUUACAAAUAGUAAUUUACUACUAGUUUACUGUGUAUUGGGUUUGGUAAUUCCUCUGUAAUUUUAAAAUAAAUAGUUUAAAUAAUUUAAGUUUUAGUGUCACAUUUGUUACGAGAAUUGAUGUUAAAGAUGUAAUUAUUUUACUUUUUUCUGUGGGACAUAAUAAUAUUGUGUAUUAAGAUUUAAAAGGGAUAAUAUGUCAAAAUUUGUCCAUAAAAUCUUAGAAAAUUGUAGAUCUAAGUGAUUUAUUUAAUAGUGUUAUAAUAAAAACUUGCACGAAUGCAUUGCAUGAUUUCUUUUCGAGAGUACAGUUUGGUGUGAUUUUUGCCUUAUGCUGCAUUUUAUAUUUGUGAAACAGUUAUUAUAUUAUGUACAAAAUAAAUUAAAUGAAAGUAUAAUAUCAAGGUCAGCCAGUCGAACUAUGUACACUAUACACUGCACAAACAAGAGCAUGCUCAACCUGAGUACUGUCGAUAUCCAAAAACCCUUGCUCUUCAAUUUAUAACUAUUCUACUACCUUGUAAAAUUGUUACACACUAAUUGUAUAUUUAUUAAAGGUAAGAAGUGUUCCCUUAAAACAGAUCGAUU